AUGCAAAUAGAAGCUGAGAGCAACAUAAACAUUUAAGAGAUUUACGAAUCCAUGGUGAGCCAAUAGUUUAAUAUUGCAAUAUUGAGACAAUGGGAGAAGGAGUGGUUACUGGAGAAUUACUUAUUUCCCCAGAUCAAGAAUAAUGAAUAGUAUCUUUAGAAUAAUAAGUAGAUUAUCAAAAGAGCUUGUAUUUACUACAAUAGCGAUUUUAAAUUUAAAAUAGCUUGA